UUUUUGAAACAGCUGAAAAUAUUUCAUAUUAUAAUGGUCAGGAUUUCAUAUUUCUGUUUGAGUGUUUAGGUCUUUCAAAAUGCAAAGAAAACGUUUCUUGAUGUUGGUAUUAGUAUUUUUGACAUUUGGAUUUUGGCUCGUGGCCCUGGUCACACCAGGCUGGCGAAUUUCAUCAGUAAUGAAGCCAUAUCCAUCUGUUCAAUUCAUGAAGAGACUAUGGAAAAAAUUAUCAACAGAGCAAGGUUUCAUAAAUGACACCUUUUAUGAACAGUUCAUCAAAGGCCGGGUAGAAAAGAUACAAAUUACCAUAUUCAGUGAAAGUAUCUUUUACUUGAAGAAUUGUACCUACGAAAGAAAAGAUGGAAAACGUACAAAUAAAUGCCUGUCUAACCCACGCUCGGCAGACACAACAAAUAAUACAACUGACUAUCUCUUAAUUUCUUGGUCUGAGAUGCAGAUUCAUUAUGCUGCAUUUAUAGCUGUCUUAGUUUUAUGUUUGGUGAGCUUUUUCUUCCUCAUGAAGAACUCUGGAUCCGACCGUAAAGUUCUAUUUGGGGGAAUGGCCUUGUUUGUAUCAGUUGUAAUUGAACUCAUCCUGGUUAUUCGAUGGAUUAUACUGAACAUAAACACUAACAAAUAUUAUCAUUCCACUGAAAAUGCGAAGCUUUGGGAAGAAAGAAAAAAUAUUGUGCGCCUCAGAUUUCCUUACUCCAUCCUUCUAGCUGCUCAAGGCUUGAUUUUUAGCGCACUGGCCGUACCCUUUACAUGUGUUUUGUACAAGAAAUUACGUCAAAAGGCUACAAACAGACUGCAAGAUGAAGAAAAUGAAACCCUUAUAAGGACUGAUUGACUUGUUUUAUGUUCUUUGUUCUCUCAUUAACAAUCAAAAAAUAAGUGCUUGUAGAAGUAAUGGUGGUUCGCCUUUACUAAUUUCAAAUUCAUUAUUUUCAGUACUUUUUUCUUAUGUGUUUACCCUCGUUAUCUCGAAUUCUCGGGGCCGUCACGGUAGAGCGCUCGCUCCGUGAUCGGAAGGUCAUGUGUUCGAAUCACAGGCGCGACUGACCUAAGUCGAUAAAAAAUAGAUAGCAACUGUUCCUUCGCUAAGCGCUCUGCACUUCGAAGAGAAAGUCGCGGGUCUUUCGGAUGAGACCUUAAAAACCGAGGCCUUGGGUCACGGUAGGCGUUGGGACGAUAGAGAACCCUCACUGCUCAAUGGCCUGAGUGCCGAGUAAAGGUCUAAAUUUGAAGCCAUUCACUAUAUGGUGACGUUUCUUUGUGAGUGAAAAAUUCUCGAAUGUGACGUAAAACAACAUACAAUCAAUCAAACAAUUGAAUCCUCUGGUAUCUCGAAGUUUCAUCUUGGCCUCUAGAAAAGGAGGUUUGUUUUUUCCAGUGAAUUAUAUUACUUAAUGUUUUUUAAAGUAUUUGUUAUCAAGUGAUACUUUCUAUCUGUUAAUCAAUGAUAUAUUUAUAAACUGUAAAAGUUUUAACUUUAUAAACCACAUAGUUUUGGAGCUAUUGUACAAAUAAAUUUUUGGACAUGUUGACCUUUGACAAAAACCUUAAUAAAAGAAAGUAAAUUAAAUAAAUUCUGUUUAAAGAAUUGAGUUGUCCUUACGACGGAAAAACAAUUCCUUGCGUCGAAAUGGAAUUGUAUAAUCGUUGUGUAAUGGUUCAUAGCCAAAGGAAAUUUAUUUUUGGUGAUAUGUUUACAGAGACUUCUAAUAUACAUUUUUUACACAGGCUCAAGCAGGUCAAUUUUUUUGUACAUCUUAAUAAAUGACAGGUUUACGUAAGUUUGUGAGAAUGAGUCCGCCAUUCAUUUUGUUUACCUCGCAACUGCUGCGGACUUACAGGUUUCCAUAGUUUUUUCAACAUAAAUCAAUGUUGUUUUUUUAUCUAUGACUUUUCCUGGGCGGCGAGGGAGUGUGUUCAUUAUACAUAAUUAUAUUAUAUAGCUUUGAUUAUUGUGGUAAAACUACUGUAGAUUCCUAAAUAUACGCGAGGAAUUAAUUAUCGCGUAAUUACGCGAGAAGCACCACUCGCGAAAUGAAAUUACCCGCGUUAAUUUUUAUGGUGCUGAAAUCAAUGUAAAAUCCCUCGAUCAACCGUCCACUCGCGAAUUAUUGUUCUCGCAAUUUGACGUUGAAGAGCCAUUUCGCGAUAAUAAGUACUCGCGAAAAAUAAGGAAUCUACAGUAUAGGGCCUGGCUAAAAUGCAUUUUGUUGUAAUCAGUGAAGUGUGGACAAAAUGAACAUUGUGUUGAAAAUGCAUUGAUGUAUUGUGAUAUUUUAUUAAUUACAUUUUUGAUACAUUGUAGAAGGAAGUUAAAGAAUCGGUACCAUUGCAGACUUGUGUUUUGUAAUUGUAUACGUUUAUUAAAUGC